AUGUAUUUUCGAAGUCUCGGGCGUUGGCUAAAGGGCCUUGUGCUCACGCUUCUCAUUUCUAACCCGGCCAGUGCGAUCGAUCUGGAUAUCAGUGAUGAACAAUCGGUCAAAGAUGCUGCCAGCACAACCGUCUACGCUAUGAUGACAUAUUACCAUGGAAACGAGACCGGUCACAUCCCUGGAGCCUUCGCAAGCAAGUGGUGGGAGGGAUCAGCCCUUUUUCUGGCCCUACUUCAGUACUGGCAUUUUACUGGCGACACAACAUACAAUGAUGAGUUACGUGUUGGUUUGCAAUGGCAGUCUGGUUCUGAUGGCGAUUACAUGCCCAGCAAUUACAGCAGCUACUUGGGAAACGACGACCAAAUGUUCUGGGGACUUGCAGCCAUGACGGCCGCUGAAUUGAAGUUCGCAGAUGUUUCGGAUGGAUUUUCUUGGCUCUCGCUCGCACAAGGUGUCUUCAACACUCAGAUCAAACGAUGGGAUACAUCUGCAUGUGAUGGUGGGAUGCGCUGGCAAAUCUGGCCUUAUGAAUCUGGCUAUACGAUGAAAAACUCUAUAUCCAAUGGUGGUCUUUUUCAGCUCUCAGCCCGUCUGGCCCGCUACACCAAUGAUGAGACUUAUGCUACAUGGGCUCGGAAAAUCUGGAACUGGUCUUUGAGCUCUCCGUUACUCAACAGCUCGACCUGGAACGUCGCCGACUCCACCAAUAUGGACAAUGAUUGUGCGACUCAAGGAAACACUCAGUGGUCUUAUAAUUACGGCACGUAUAUGAUGGGCGCAGCCUAUAUGUAUAACUAUACAAACGGAAGUUCUGAUUGGCUUUCUGCUGUUGAUGGGCUGAUGAACAAAACAUUUGACCAGUUCUUCCCAGAUAGCAACGGAGGUAUUUUUGAGGAGGUUGUUUGCGAGCCAUCGGAAAGUUGUAAUGAUAAUGAGAUUUUGUUCAAAGGUCUUGUCUCUUCAUGGCUCUCGUUCACAGCUCUCUUGGUGCCGUCGACAUACAGCACAAUCUUGCCGAAACUCCAAGCCUCGGGCCAGGCUGCUGCUAAGUCUUGCACAGGACACAACAACAAUACGUGUGGAGUGCGUUGGUAUCAAUCCGAAUAUGAUGGAUGGAUUGGCAUGGAAGAGGAAAUCAGUGCUACCAACAUAUUUGUCGCAAAUAUGAUUCAAUUCCAGAGCAGUGCCCCGGUCACAUCGACGACAGGUGGAAACAGUUCUAGCGACCCCACGGCGGGCGAGAAUGAUACGAGCUCCUCCACUGAGACUCAAAAAGCCAUCACAACUGGAGACAAAGCUGGAGCUGGAAUCCUGACUGUCGUCUUUGUUGCCGGAUGGGUCGGCUUGAUGAGCUGGACAGUACUUGGAGGCUAA